ACGGUAACAAUAACGUCAUGGGGUUUGGUCUACCAGCUCCCAUCCCUUCGUUUUAAUGGCGGAGAUAACAAGCUAAAGAGACUCCUCCCAAAAGAACUGAUCUUGCCCCCACUCUCUCUCUUUCUUCCUUUCAUUUCUCGCCAUGGAUACAGAGUUCCUCCGAACUCUAGAUCGGCAGAUUCUAUUGGGCGUCUUCGUCGCUUUCGUCGCAGUUGGUGCCGGUGCUGCUUACUAUCUCUCUUCCUCCAAAAAACGCAGAGGGUGUUUGGAUCCAGAGAACUUCAAGGAGUUCAAGCUUGUUACAAAGGAACAACUUAGUCACAAUGUGGCUAAAUUUGUAUUUGAGCUUCCAUCUUCUACCUCCGUCUUGGGUCUUCCCAUUGGUCAACACAUCAGCUGCAGGGGAAAGGAUGCUCAAGGAGAGGAUGUUAUCAAGCCUUACACUCCUACAACCUUAGAUUCUGACCUUGGACGUUUUGAACUUGUUAUUAAGAUGUAUCCGCAAGGAAGAAUGUCUCAUCAUUUCAGGGAGAUGCGUGUUGGAGACCAUCUUGCUGUUAAGGGACCAAAGGGAAGGUUCAAGUAUCAGCCAGGUCAGUUUAGGGCAUUUGGAAUGCUUGCUGGAGGUUCAGGCAUCACUCCCAUGUUCCAAGUGGCACGAACGAUUCUAGAAAACCCAACAGACAAGACAAAGGUGCACCUCAUUUACGCCAAUGUUACAUCCGAAGACAUUCUCUUAAAGGAAGAGUUGGAGAGUCUUACAGCCAAUUACCCAGAUCAAUUCAAAAUCUACUAUGUUCUGAACCAGCCUCCGGAGACAUGGGAUGGUGGUGUUGGAUUUGUAUCUAAGGAAAUGAUUCAGUCCCAUUGUCCUGCACCAGCAUCCGAUAUUCAGAUCCUAAGAUGUGGACCACCGCCUAUGAACAAGGCCAUGGCUGCAAACCUUGAAGCUCUUGGUUACUCUCCAGAGAUGCAAUUCCAGUUCUGAUCUAAAAUCUCUGCUUUUGAUUGCUUCUCCACAAAUGAGCUAUUUAAGAAAAAAACUUAUUAUCUCUGAUCAAUAAUUUUAGUUACCUUCCCAACUGAGAGUUGCUGUCUUAAUUGAGUGAGAGUUGUGUUUCUGUUCCAAGUUUUAUAAACCAUUGUUUUGUUUGACCGUUUGUUAUCUCGUUGGAAGUUCUGAUUUAUUGGUUAAAGAUUUGGUUAGGCA